AUGUUUACUGUGUUUCCGCUUACCGAGUAUUCUCGAGUGAUGGAUCACAGCUCUGGAGAAGAAUCUGACUUCAGUGAGUCAGAGAUUGCAGAGUACAAAGACAAACCCUUAGAGCAACUUAGAGAUGGAACCUUAAAGGUUAAAUACCCGAAUGGUAUACUGAGGUGUCCUUUCUGUGCGGGAAAAAAGAAGCAAAACUUCAAGUACAAAGACCUGCAUCAACAUGCUUCAGGGGUAGGCAAAGGGUCUUCUAACAGAAGUGCAAAACAGAAGGCGAAUCAUCUUGCUUUAGCAAUCUACUUGGAGCAUGAUCUGGCCCAUGAGUCUGAACAACCACCAAAAGUGGCUGAGCCCAAACCUGUUGCUCCUGUUUCAGAAGAAAAUGAUUUGUUUUGCUGGCCAUGGACUGGGAUAGUUGUGAAUAUAGUCAAAGAUCCCGAGAAUGAGGAAGCUAUUGAAAGCACUGAAUACUGGAUGAAGAGGUUCUCAAAAUACAAACCUGAAGUGGUUGAGAUAUCUUGGGAUGAGGAAAAGACAACUGCUCAAGCCUUAGUCAGAUUCAACAAUGAUUGGACAGGGUUUAAAAAUGCUAUGGAGUUUGAGAAAUCUUUUGAGGCUAAUCACCAUAGCAAGAGAGAGUGGGUUGCUUCUGAUAAAUCCUCUGGUUCAAGUAUUUAUGCAUGGCUUGCACGUGCAAAUGACUUUGAGUCACAAGGGGCAAUUGGAGAUUUCCUACGCAAGAAUCGUGAACUCAAAACCAUAUCAGACCUUGUUCAAGAAGCUAUGCAGACAAGAAACAAGGCAGUUGUGGAAUUAACCAGUGAAAUUGACACGAGGAAUGAAAAUCUCGAUGACUUGCAGAUUAAAUACAACCAAAAAACAAUGUCUUUGAGUAGAAUGCUUGAAGAAAAAGACAGCCUUCAUUCAGCUUUCUAUGAAGAGACAAGAAAGAUGCAGCGCCUUGCACGUGAGCAUGUGAAAAGAGUGUUGGAUGAACAAGAAAUGUUGAAUGCUGACUUGGAGAAAAGGAGGAAAAAGCUUGAUUCAUGGAGUAAAGAGCUUAACAAGAGGGAAGCUCUAACAGAAAGGGAGAAACAAAAGCUGGAUGAAGAGAAAAAAAAGAAUGACGUGCAAAACAACUCUCUGCACAUGGCUUCCAUUGAGCAAAAGAAAGCUGAUGAGAGUGUGUUAAGACUGGUUGAAGAGCAAAAGAGAGAGAAAGAGGAGGCUCUGAAGAAAGUGCUUGAGUUGGAAAGACAGCUGGAUGCUAAACAGAAAUUGGAGAUGGAAAUUGAAGAAUUGAAAGGGAAGUUGCAGGUUAUGAAGCAUUUAGGAGAUGAAGAUGAUGCUGCUGUUCAGGAGAAGAUUAAGGAGAUGAACAAUGAGCUGGAAACAAAAAUGGAAGAAAUGGAGAACAUGGAGAAUUUGAAUCAAACACUUGUGGUGAAGGAACGCCAGAGUAAUGAUGAGCUGCAAGAAGCUCGCAAAGUGUUGAUUAAAGGAUUGCAGGAUAUGCUGAGUGGGAGAACAAAUAUUGGUGUGAAAAGGAUGGGAGAAAUUGAUAUGAAGGCAUUCCAUGAUGCCUGCAAAGAGAGGUUUGAUAAUGAAGAAGCUCAAAUCAAGGCGUCUGAGUUAUGCUCUUUGUGGCAGGAUAAGCUUAAAAAUCCAGAGUGGCAUCCCAUGAAAAUGGUUAAAGUAGAUGCUGAUAAUCAUAAGGAAGUGAUAAAUGAAGAGGAUGAGUUGUUGAAGAAUCUCAAGGCAGAAUGGGGGGAUGGGGUGUUUGAUGCAGUGGUUGGGGCGUUCAAGGAGAUGAAUGAGUAUAACCCCAGUGGGAGAUAUGUUGUGAAUGAGCUUUGGAACUUUAAAGACAAUAGGAAAGCUACAUUGAAGGAGGUUAUUAGCUAUAUUUUUAAGAAUUUGAAGAGCCUUAAACGCAAAAGUCUGCGGGCAGAGCUUACCGUUUCGUGCAUUUCUUUGAUUUUGAGGCAGCAUCAGUUUGAUUUGAACAUCUUACAUCCAUCAACAGCAAACAUGGCAGCAGUUGAAGAGGCCGUUGUUCCAGUUGAGGUCCCAGCUCCUGCUGCUCUUGGUGAACCCAUGGACAUCAUGACAGCAUUGCAACUUGUGCUAAGAAAAUCACUUGCUCAUGGAGGUCUUGUGCGUGGACUUCAUGAAGCUGCAAAGGUGAUUGAGAAGCAUGCUGCUCAGCUCUGUGUAUUGGCUGAGGACUGUAACCAGCCAGACUAUCAAAAGCUGGUCAAAGCACUUUGUGCUGACCAUAAUGUCAGCUUGAUCACUGUUCCUAGUGCAAAGACUCUUGGAGAAUGGGCUGGUUUGUGCAAGAUUGACUCAGAAGGGAAAGCAAGGAAGGUUGUGGGUUGCUCUUGCCUUGUUGUGAAGGAUUACGGAGAGGAAAGUGAAGGGCUUCACAUUGUUCAAGAGUACAUGAAAUCUCACUAAUUAUUUGGCGGUUGAUGAAAAUACUCUUGUUUUUUUGGUUUUUGAGUUUUGGUAUGAGGAGACCCUUAGGGAUGAUUAGAUUGUUGGAGUAAAAACUCUUGUUGAAGUUCAUUAGAUAUUAAUUAUUGAGUUUUCUUUUGUUGUGUUUGGCCGUUGUUCAAAAUUCAAACGAUAUUUCUUGUUAAGCAUAUUUCAUACAAUUUCUGGUUGAGAGUUGGGUGUAGCUUAAUAAAACAUUUUUUAAACACUUAAAAAAUAUAGAAUCAAACACGUAACACGUGAC